UCAAAAUCACAAUCGCUAGUUUGAGUUCGGAGGGGUUAACACGCAUUUUCAUAGUCAGAUCUGUGAAACGGUUUUGUUUCAUCAAUUCAUUUAGCACUAGGUGCUGCAUAUUUGCCUUUUGGUCGGAGUUGAAAUAACUUUCAGUACGUGGUUAUCAUUGCUGCCUCUGGUAACUGUUCGUGAUAGAGGAGUGAAACACAGUUUUUAUAAGUUGGACAAUGAAUUAUUGUUGCCAUGUUUAUGAUGAAGUAGACACUGAUGAAGAUGAUAAGAUGACACUGAAACAAUCUAAGGACAGGCACAAGAAACAUGUUGAUGAUGAAGAAGUUGGAAGUGAUGAGGAUGAUAAGAUGCCUUUGACACUACUUAAGGAUAGGCGCAAAAAACAUGGUAAUGAUGAAGAAGUUGGAAGUGACGAGGAUGAUAAGAUGCCUUUGACACUACUUAAGGAUAGGUGCAAAAAACAUGGUGAUGAUGAAGUUGACAGUGAUGCUGAUGAUAAGAUGACUCUAGGAAAACUCAAGGACACUUGCAAAUCCAAGAAAAGGGAACUUAUAAGUCAUCCAGAUACAAGCCGAAAACAGGAAGAUGUUAAUUUCCAGUCAGAUGAAGAUGAUGAUCUCAAUGCCCAUCUCAGUUUUUCAAAGUCAAAACUUACAAAGAGUUCAAAAGCUAAAAUGAGGUGCAUCAAGAGGCAUCUUUUUGGCUUUCCUAAAACUGUUAUGUCAGUCAAAACUGAACAGGUUCGGGUUUCAGAUGUUCCAAUCCAAUUAAAAGAGGAUUCACCUCUAUUCUCAAAUAUCAAAGCUGAGAUUCCUGAACCUGAGUUCUUUGGGAGCCAAAUCUCAAAUUUGUUAGUUGACAGUUCCUCAUCAGAAGUCUCUAUGUUAUUGAAGGAGCAUUCAUUGCCACUAGUGGAAGUCAAAACGGAGACUUUUGAGUCCGAGUCCUUUGGGCAAAAAAUGAAGUUGCAGAAAUUGUUGAAAGGAAGCUUAAGACAUCUAUACAGGUAG